AUGACGACUGAUGCAGUAGAUGGUGUCCUGGACCUUUCCACCACGGCCAAUAGCUGCAGUGAAGAAGAAGGUCCGCAUCGACCGAGAGAAAGCGACGAGCAUAUGACGUCAUCGGAGGAUGAGCUGCAUAUCAGCGUUGAUGAAGUCAGCGAGGACGAGGCACCUCCGAUGAAACGACAUAGAGGAGUAGUCCGACCGGUCGCGGGUCCUUUACCGUCAAAUCAUAUUCCACUCAAUAUCGAAACAGCUCAGUCCGAACCCAUUUCGCCGGGGACACGGCCUUUUAAACUUUACCAGUUCGACUCACUUCCCCCAGUGUACUCAACUCACGUUUAUGGACAACCACUUCUGGACAAUGCAAUGUUCUCACCGCUAACGUCAUAUUUCAACAAUAAAAAACGACGCGCUGCUGAUAAACGGAUUGAAAUAGAAGAUAAAAAGAUGACUCCGACACCAGAAGAUAGUAAGGACAAUUCUUAUUGGGAGAGGCGCCGAAAAAACAACGAAGCCGCAAAAAGGUCACGUGAUACGAGAAGACAAAAGGAGGAACACGUGGCUAUGAAGGCUGCAUACUUAGAACAAGAAAACUUAAAACUUCGUGCACAGGUGGCGCUCCUAAAGAACGAGACUGCUAAACUUCACUUCAUGUUGUACAAUCGAGCUUCAACUUAA